GGACUAGCCCCCAUAGCCGUGUCCCGCUUAUUUGUGCUGGCUGUUACGUGUUGAGGAGCUCACGGCUACCUAGUUAUUAAAUUGUAUUUUUUAAAUGACAUGUCAAUCUUAACAUGGCAUACUAUGAUAUCGUUGCUGUAUUUGACGACGGUUCGUAGCUGCGUUGUUUGACUUAAUUUGCUUUUGGCGUCACGCUGUAAUCGUUCUGACUGUCAGCUGCAAGCAUGAUCCAAGUGGAACACGAACCAGAACACUGGUCGAUCUUCCCCACAGCGACGUCAGCAAAGUGACAUGCAAGACAUGCUUUAGUUAGCUUAGCUUAGCAUACAUGCAUACUGAUUCCAAGCGGCUGAACGGGAGAGCUGUUGGGAGCAGUGUUUGGGGGGCGGAGGGUCGAGCCCGUCUUCACCGUGCCACACAACGGAGCAAAUGUUCAUCACAAAAUGGCCAACGAGAGAAAAUGGGAGUGCAGCCCCGCUCUCUCUCGCCGCCUUCGCCCAUAAUAACGAGCUGCGACACCGCCGCUGAAAGACGAACCAGCCCGGAUCGCUCCGACUCCCAGCCCCCUUCACUCGUCUGGAGCUUAUCGUCGUGCCCUACGAGACUUUGAACAAACGCUUUCGAGCGGCCCAGAAGAACAUCGACAGGGAGACAAGUCACGUCACCAUGGUGGUCGCCGAGCUGGAGAAGACGCUCAGCAGCUUCCCCGUGGUCGACUCUGUGGUGUCUCUGCUGGAUGGAGUGGUGGAGAAACUCAGCGCCCUGAAAAGAAAGGCUGCGGAGUCCAUCCAAGCGGAGGACGAGAGCGCCAAGCUGUGCAAGCGGCGCAUCGAGCACCUGAAGGAGCACAGCAGCGACCAGCCAGCCUCCGUCAACUUGUGGAAGAAGAAGCGCAUGGACCGCAUGAUGGUGGAGCAUCUGCUUCGCUGCGGCUACUACAACACCGCCGUUAAGUUGGCCAGACAGAGCGGCAUCGAGGAUCUUGUCAACAUCGAGAUGUUCCUCACAGCAAAGGAGGUGGAGGAAUCCCUGGAGAGGCAGGAGACAGCCACCUGCUUAGCCUGGUGCCAUGACAACAAGUCCCGUCUUCGCAAGAUGAAGAGCUGUUUGGAGUUCAGUCUGAGGAUCCAGGAGUUCAUUGAGCUGAUCCGGCAAAACAAACGAAUGGAUGCCGUCAGACAUGCGAGGAAACACUUCAGCCAAGCAGAAGGCGGACAGCUGGAUGAAGUUCGGCAGGUGAUGGGCAUGCUGGCCUUCCCGUCAGAUACACACAUCUCUCCGUACAAGGAUCUUUUGGAUCCGGCACGCUGGAAGAUGCUGAUCCAGCAGUUCCGAUAUGACAACUACAGACUGCACCAGCUGGGGAACAACUCUGUCUUCACCAUCACGCUGCAGGCCGGCCUGUCUGCCAUCAAGACGCCUCAGUGCUACAAAGACGACGGUACCUCCAAGAACCCUGACUGUCCCGUGUGCAGUAAAUCCCUAAACAAGCUGGCCCAGCCUCUACCCAUGGCUCACUGCGCCAACUCCAGACUAGUGUGUAAGAUCUCUGGAGAGGUCAUGAAUGAGAACAACCCCCCCAUGAUGCUGCCUAAUGGUUAUGUGUACGGCUACAAUUCGCUGCUGUCCAUCCGCCAAGACGACAAGGUGGUUUGCCCCAGAACCAAAGAAGUCUUCAACUUCUCACAGGCUGAGAAGGUCUACAUCAUGUGAUGAUACCAGCGACACACUACCAUCAGGAUGCAAAAAGGCCCGUUGUCGCUCAGCUGAUGUGAUCCACCUGUUUGAUCUGUGAUCCCCUCGCCUCUACCAUACAAAU